ACAAGUACAAAUUCCACUUCGAAAAAAAAAAGAGAGAGAUAUGGAAAAUUUGAAGAUAGAAGAAACAAUAAACAAGGCUGGAGAAAAGUAUCGAUCAUUUCUCCAUGAAGAAGCUGAGAACACCCAUUGGAGGCAUGGUGGUCCUCCCAUCUACGACGCCGUUAACAAACUCUUCGAAGAAGGCCGAACCAAGGUAUGGGAAAAGGGAUCACUAGAAGAAACGGUUCAAAAUGCAAUAAAAUCAUGGGAGAUGGAACUCAGUCAUAAAACUCGUAUACAAGACUUCAAGACCAUCAACCCUGAGAAAUUCAAGCUUAUUGUCAAUGGAAGAGAGGGGUUGUCCGCGGAGGAAACACUGAUGGUGGGGAGUUACAACGCAUUACUGAAGAGUACACUUCCAGAAGAGUACAAGUACUACAAAGCGGAGGAAGAGACCUUCGAAUCAUCUCAUGAAGUUUUCCGAUCGGCAUUUCCUCGUGGAUUUGCGUGGGAGGUGAUAAGUGUUCAUUCCGGACCACCAGUGAUAACAUACAAAUUUCGACAUUGGGGUUACUUUGAAGGUCCAUAUAAAGGCCAUGCUCCCACCGGCGAAAUGGUUGAUUUCUACGGCAUGGGAAUCCUCAAGGUUGAUGAACAAUUGAAAGCAGAAGAUGUUGAAAUCUAUUACGAUCCAGCAGAUCUAAUCUCGAAGCUAAUCAAGGGGCCGUUAAUCGACGAACAACAAAACGCUAACGUGGAGAGUUCUCCAGCAAACGCCGGUAGCUGCCCGUUCAACAAGCAAGCAUGAUCCAAUGAGAUUUGCACGAUCUCAAAUAUGUGGUUUUCUAGUAUGUGUGCCAUGUUGAUUGUGUUGGCCAGUUCAGAAUUAAUUGGGAUGUGAUGUAAUUUUAGUGUGUUCAAAAUUUCAUGUGGGUUAUUCGUGUGUCCUUAAUACAAGCUACUUCGAUUACUUGCGAGAUGCGUGACAAAUGCACCGACAAGUUCGACUAGAUUAUCGGGUUGUAAACAUGUUCAAUGGUCAUAAACAGGUGUAAUAAAGUUGUAAACUGGUUAAAUGUUCAAUUUUAGUACAA